ACCGCCUUAUCUCUCGCGACCUCCGCCGGACGCGCACGCACGCCGCGCUCCACCACCGUUACCGCGUCGCGUUCGCGCUAUGCCGUCUUUUCGACAACAGUUCUAUGUGCACUCUUACUUGAACUUUUUUCAAUUUUUAAGUGUAGGCCGUAGUCCGGAUAUGCACCAGUGAAUUAAAACUUUACCAUUGUGACAUUUGUUGAUAUUUUAUUGUAUUUAUUGAAAACAAUAGGUAGUAGAGACAAUACCGAAACGAACUCUGGACCGUAACGACGAUGGUGUCUGAAGGGGCUUUGCCCGUAGUUUGGUGUAUACGCGAUAAUCAACUUGUGCCUCACCAAGUAUCCGGUGUUAAGUUACAAGGAGCUGUAACAGGAGCACAUAUAGCCGCUGUUACAGAUUUUUUGCGUAUGGUGGCAGGGACUCCAAUUGUUCUUCCGCAUACGGCGGUUCCUGAAGACGUCGAUAAUGACAUUAAUCAAGAAAAAGAAAAUUCAACUCGAAGACGAAAAAUGUCUAUGCAGGUUGAAGUGCCUUGUGUUUUCCUCACUGAAAGCGCCUUACAAAAAGCUAAGAGCCGCAGUAACUCUAGAGAAGAAAAGGUAACAAUUGAAAGAUGUAAUAUUACUACAACCAAAAUGUUGGAUAAUAGUUCAUCCUCUUUCCUAAGUUCAUCUGAUAUUUUAGAAAUGAAAGAAAUUGAAGAUAGUCAUUCAGAAAUUAUGAGAGAUAAUUUUAAAUCAAAUAUUUCUGAGUCAUCAGUUUCAUUAACCGAAAAUAACUAUCCUCAAAGAAUAACGAGGAUUAUUGAAUUAGAUGAUUUAAAUCCAACUACUAUAAAUGUAGAGCCGGAAAGAGAUCAUCCACAAAGGAUAACUCGAAUUAUUGAAUUUCAAAAUGACAAGUCGCCGUCGCCAGUUUGUACUGAUGGCGAAAAUGAGACUUUGCAAAGGAUUACACGAAUAAUAGAAUUGAAUGAAGAUAAUUCAUUUUCAACCAUUACAAAUAGUACAGAGUCGCUUGACAAAGAAUGUCCUCAAAGAUUAAGUAGAAUAAUGGAAGUUGAAAAAGAAAACAACUUUCCGAGUAUGACCAAAAUAAUUGAAAUGGAAAACGACAUAUCAAAUGAACGACGAAUUUCCCUGACGAAUGAACGUGAAACUGGAGGCGGAAAUGUUGAAAAUUGCAGUGAGGAAGUGACUGUUAGGACUAAGUUUGUGCAUCGAAGUACUCCUAGGUUUAGUCUUGACUCUUCGUGCUCCGAAAACUCUUACGUUAAUAUUGAGUGUUUAAAGAGUUUGCAGGAUGUUAGAAAAGAGGAAAUCAAUGAAAGCGGUUUGAAUCCCGAGAUAUCACCCGCUGGCAGAUCUAUUCGUUCUCGGUUUCCGAGGAAAAAAACGUCUGUAUGUUCGAUUGGCUCUUCGGACUGCGACGACGAGGUAGAUGUAAUUUUCAAAUCCAAGCCUAAAUCUAGUCAAUGGGUCAGUUUGGAUUGGAUACCACCGCCUCCCAAAGAAGAGCCAGUGAUAAUGCAAGUCUGUGAUAAAAAUGAUUUCAUUACGAAAUGGAUAGCAGAGCAAAAUUCGCAGGACUCAAUCAUUAUUGCUGACGAGAGACGAAAGAGUCUUCCGCCAAAAUCGAAUGAAAUAUAUCUUCAAAAUAUGAGAAGAUUUAGUGACAGUUUACAAAUAUGUAAAGAAGACGCCGCCAGUGAUUCUCCAGCUACAGUGAAAUGGAAGUGGCAUGAUAUAGUUAAACGUCACCUUCAGUUAUUGAAAAGCGAGAAAGGUUUCAGACGGCAAAAAGGUAGCUGGAUGAGGACGGCGAGACGUCUGUCUGGAACUAAUGUCAACCACAAAGACCUGGAGUCUUUGCCAUUGGAUACGUACAUGAAACUACAGACUAUGCCAUGGUACUUCCGCAAAAUAAAACGAAUCGAAGCGGAGAAGAAAUUGCUCCUGCCCGAGAACGAACAUGGUGCUUUCCUCAUCCGAGACUCCGAAAGCCGCCAUAAUGACUUCUCACUAUCAGUGCGAGACGGAGAUACGGUGAAGCAUUACCGCAUCAGGCAGUUGGAUGAGGGCGGUUUCUUCAUCGCGAGGCGCACUACCUUCCGUACGCUGCAGGAACUUGUGGAGCAUUACAGCAAGGACGCUGACGGCCUCUGCGUAUCACUCAACAAACCCUGCGUACAGAUUGAGAAACCAGUGACGGAAGGUCUCUCGCACAGAACGCGCGAUCAAUGGGAAAUCGACCGUUCAUCGCUCAAGUUCGUGAGGAAACUAGGGCACGGUCAGUUUGGUGAAGUAUGGGAAGGUCUAUGGAACAACACCACUCCAGUGGCCGUGAAGACCUUGAAGUCCGGUACCAUGGAUCCCAAAGACUUCCUCGCAGAAGCUCAGAUCAUGAAGAAACUGAGACACAACAAACUCAUUCAACUAUACGCUGUCUGUACGCUCGAGGAACCUAUCUACAUCAUCACUGAACUUAUGAAGAAUGGAUCCCUUUUGGACUAUCUACAAGGCAAAGGUCGUUGUCUGAAGCUGCAGCAGCUUAUCGACAUGGCUGCGCAGAUCGCCGCCGGCAUGGCGUAUCUCGAAUCACAGAAUUACAUACAUCGCGAUUUGGCCGCGAGGAACGUGCUGGUUGCCGAUGCUAAUAUCGUGAAAAUCGCCGAUUUCGGUCUUGCGAGGCUUAUCAAAGAAGAUGAGUACGAGGCCCGUGUAGGCGCACGGUUCCCCAUAAAAUGGACGGCGCCCGAGGCAGCCAACUACAGUAAAUUCUCCAUUAAAUCCGAUGUCUGGUCGUUCGGUAUCCUCUUGACUGAACUCGUCACUUACGGCCGAAUACCUUAUCCAGGUAUGACAAACGCUGAAGUUUUACAUCAAGUCGAGCACGGUUACCGUAUGCCGUGUCCUCAGAAUUGUCCCGCAGCACUUUACGAGAUCAUGUUGGAGUGCUGGCAUAAAGAUCCUCUGAAGCGACCCACCUUCGAGACUCUGCAAUGGAAGCUCGAGGACUUCUUCACCAUGGACAACUCCGAGUACAAGGAGGCAUCCGCCUACUGAGCCCGGCCCUCCCUGCCGCCCCACCGACACGCACACUCGCAUCAUACUCCAGGCCUGUAUCACAUGCCGCCCGAGCUGCAGAUGUUGCACAGUAGCACGUCCAUGCAGUACCUGCAGAUGCACCCGAUGGCACAGACCAGCCUCGGACAGAUGCAGGCCGUGCACCAGGCGAGCAUACAGAUGCAGGCCGCGCACCAGGCCAGUCUGCAGGCCGCCCACCAGGCCAGUAUGCAGGCGCACCAGGCCACGCUGCAGGCGGCGCACCAAGCCAGCCUGCAGGCGCACCAGGCCAGCCUGCAGGCGGCGCACCAGGCCGGCCUGCAGCUGGCGGCGCGCCCGCUGUGCCAGCACCACGCGCGCCACGCGGCCGCCGCCACGUACCGCGCGCCCUAAGUCGCCCGCCCGCACCACGCGCCGCGCCUCGUACCUCCGCCAGCGAUGUGCAGGACACACGCCUUCCGUUACAUUCCCUUUAUGAUUGACGGAGCUCCGAGCUCCCGCUCAUAAAUUCUUGCAGGAACGUCACUUGUAUUGUGACAUAUGAUUACUUUUGAACCUCGUCGUGAGAGGUCAUGAUUUUAUUAUUGCAAGACGAAGCGAGUUCGAGAUGUUAUGCGAAUAUGAAAUGGCGACGUAGACGUAAUUUUAUUACUCCUCGAUCGGUAAUAAGUUUAGUUAGACUGCCUACGAUUUUCUAAAUGUAUUUAGCCAUAGGUUAACGUUUACGAUUCUUGAAGUAUUAAUAAGCCUCUUUAGGGUGAUCACUUACGAUAUUAUUGGAAAACGUCGAAGUAAGCUGUAAGGAGUGUGCGCAUGUACAGCGUCUAAUAACUAUCUCAAGUAUGGCAAUAAUAUGAGUGACAUAUCAGCGCUUUAUUCAUUUCCACAAUGCUUCAGACCAUCGGUAUUACAUUGGGCUAUGUAUUGGCGCCGCGCGCGGAUCGCUUCUUACGUCAUUUCUCUUGCAAUCAAAUAAAAUGUGUUCUCUGCUUCGCUGCAUUUUUGAAUCGAUUUAUAAAUGUUAAGGAUACAUUUCAGGCUCUAAAGAAAUCCAACGUAGUUGUAUUGUUCAAGUUCGAGGUAAGAGGCUAUCAUGUAAUUGGUUUCGUCUCCAUACGAGAGUGGAAUGCUAGUGGCGCUGUGGUGAGGGAGUGGCAGUAGUGCGGACAGUGCUAGUGUGUGUGGACAGGAGGAACUCUAGGCUCGGCAGGGAAUUAAAUUAAACCAGCGUUACGUACGCGUUUUGUAAGGAUUUAUGUUAUGAUGAGGCGCAUUAACAGAUUAGGUAUUCUCACCUUCGUAUACCAUGUUUAGUAGAAUAACGAUGUUGGUGAUAGAUGCCAAAUAAUCCUAAUAAAGAACUGAAUUUUAUAUACAUAAUUAAUUGUUCUGAGGGUAUUUAGACGUUAGAAUUUUAUUUAAUUUAGGCUGUUCUAAAACCUGAUUAAUGGAACGCUAUUCUUAACUAUUUAUAUAAUUGUAACGAUGACAUUUAUACACCACUCGCGAAGUUUAGUUUCUCGUAAUCAUUUUAAUAUUUAUCAUGCUCAAGAACUUGUUAUUUUUAUUUGAUUGUAUCAAAUUAUACAUCCAAACUGAUAUUUUAUUUGUGCCAAGACUUUUAGUUUAAGUUGAAAGUGGCCACAUGUAAUCUAAAUUGUAUCGACACAAACUAAGAACGUAUUUAAUCAUUUACUUUAAAGCUAAGAUAUAAUUGGCCUAAGUAAAUAAGUAUUUUUGAAUGUGUAAGUUUUGUAUCCUAACUUAUUAGACGUAACUUAGUAUAUACUAGAUAUUUUCAAUUAUAUUACUGAAUGUCAGACGUAAAUAUUCUCAUUCGUUAAAAACUGCACAUUUUUAUUGAAAAUGUCACAGUUAUGUGCAAUAUUUAUUGUUUUCUGAGCCGGUGCUUGUAUUUGUAUGCUACGAAAGAUUAUAUUGUAAACUUACAUCCUCAGAACAUUUAAACAAACUGUCGAUGUAAGCUUGAAACAUUUAUUUAAUUUGAUAAUGAAUUACUAAUACCAGAAACAGUACAACAAUGUUUUGUUGUCAUGUAUAUUGAACUUUCCACAAUUUUAACUUGUAAAUAGUUCCAGUUUAGUAUUGGUUGUAAUGGUAAUAAGUGAUAUUAAGAAUGUUGGUAUUAUGGUAUAGCAGUGUGCUUCAUACUCAACGGUCCACUGACUCGAUCAUUCCAAUUGGAUCAAGGCAAUAUUACCGAAAUCGACAAGAAAAACAAAGUUAGUAGUUUACAAAGAUGAUAUUGUUGAUAUCACGACAAAAUAUUUAAUACAACUACUUGAUAUAUCGCACAAAUAUACAUUCGUAAACGUAUUUGUAAGGUGCCUGAAAUAUUUGCAUUUGUACGUCACAAAAUAUUGUAUGGUCUGCGACGAGUGACCGCCUCCUGAUUGUGCGAGACUGACCUCGUUCUUUUGUCAUUUUGUUUGUCGAAAUCAUUUUCUAAUGUAGUAAACUUGUUCCCCAUCAAACUCCGUGUCACUCGUUGCCAGACUAUUAUCUCACUGCACUGUGGAUAGAGCACGAUUAUCUAGGAUCAAUAAAUUGAAUUACAUUUUGAAUAUAAAAAUUGUAUAAACACAGUGUUCACUGUCAAGGCUUCGGAAAUGUGUCCGCCAAGUAUUAAUAUUAACAUGUCGUACGAUCUUAUUUCACAUAAUUAAUUAAUUCCAACAUUAUUAUUGUUUACUCUCGUGUAUUAUUUCUAUAAUUUAUUUCUUCGUAAUACUUUAAGUUUUAGCUGUAUGAUAUGCUUUAGGCUUUAUGCUUUAUUGAAAUGGCUACGUCCGCUACUCGUUUCCCAUUAUGUAUGUACAUGUUACGGCAAUAUUAUCAAUGUAUUCAAUAAUUUUAAUUUUAUUAGUUAGCCAAUUUUUAAGUAUUUUCGUAAAAAUUUCGCCAUCACAAUUAUGAAGAGAUCAAUAGGACGAAUAGGAUUAAGCUAUGUGAAUGAUGUAUGUUAGAUAUAAAUAUUUAACUAGAAUUUAUUUACUAACUGUUGCUGUGUUACAUGACAUUUAUACUUCGGUUUACGGUAUUGUACAACUGUACCAAGGUGUAAGUGUUGCGGCGAUUUAGGGUGAAGUCAUAAAUUUCAAGUGCGACUGAUGAUAGUUGAUACUGUUUGACAUGUGAGCUAAGGUCUUAUUACCUCCGAGUAUCAAUUAAAUCUAUUUUAGUUUACUCUCGUGUACCAGUAUUGUUACACUGCCAUACCUAUAACACACCGCCAUGUUAUCCCUAUCGAACGUUUGGUAACUCAACUUAUAGAAAAGAUCUUCUAUGACAGUGUAACCACAAUACUGGUUUUAAGUACGGUUAUUAUAAUGAUUACUAUAUUUCACUUAUUUGUAAAGAUUUUUUUUUAACACAACAAUAAAUAUAAAUGUGAAAUA